GUACCCUCCGCCGCCAUGUGGAGAGGCGGCGCCACGGCCGCCUCCGCCGCGAGGGCUCUCCGCUCGCGCCUGCUCGCAGACCCCAUCCACCACCCAUCUGGUGCUAUCGCUCCCAUCGCUUCGGCGCGCGCCGCCUGCUCCGUACCCUCUGCCGCUGCCCCUGCGCCCACCGUCGCUGAAGCGGCGGCCGCCGCGGCCACUGUCUCUUCGGUAGCUGGAUCUGCCUCAGACGUGCUGCGACACUACGGGGGGUGCUACUGGGAGCUCUCCAAAGCCCGCCUCAGCGCACUUGUUGUGGCAACAUCGGGGGCUGGAUAUGUGCUCGGGAGUGGAAGCAUUGUAGAUAUUGCUGGGCUUUGUUACACAUGCACUGGUACCAUGAUGGUCGCAGCAUCUGCCAAUACUCUCAACCAGGUGUUCGAGAUAAAGAAUGAUGCUAAAAUGAAAAGGACAAUGCGACGGCCCCUACCAUCAGGGCGCAUUAGUCCUGUGCAUGCUGCCAUGUGGGCUACAAGUGUUGGAGCUGCAGGAACAGCAUUGUUGGCUUGCAAGGCUAAUGGCUUAGCUGCUGGGCUUGCAGCAUCCAAUCUCGUUCUGUAUGCAUUUGUAUACACUCCGUUGAAGCAAAUACACCCUAUCAAUACAUGGGUGGGAGCAGUUGUUGGUGCCAUUCCGCCACUUCUAGGGUGGGCAGCAGCAGCAUCUGAAGUGUCACUCAAUUCUAUGAUACUGCCUGCUGCAUUGUACUUCUGGCAGUUACCGCAUUUCAUGGCCCUUGCGUACCUAUGCCGUGAAGACUACCUUGCUGGAGGGUACCGAAUGCUCUCUUUUGCUGAUCCUACUGGUAAAAGAACUGCAUGGGUAUCACUCAGAAAUUGUCUGUACAUGCUGCCGUUGGGGUUAUUUGCAUAUAACUGUGGUCUAACAUCUGAGUGGUUCAGUUUUGAAGCAUCACUUCUAACAAUGGGCCUUACAAUUGGAGCAUUAUCAUUUGUCCUGGAUCCUACUAGAAAAAGUGCAAGAAGGAUGUUCCAUGGGAGCCUUUUGUAUCUCCCUGCUUUAAUGGCUGGACUUAUAUUGCAUCGGUUGCCUAACGAACAAAAGGAGCAAAACAUCCACCAGACUAGUGAGAUGGCUGGGGUUCUCUAUGAUUCCGAAUUGCGGGAUGAAGAAAGAGCUAGACAGAAACGGGAAGACCAGAAGAAACAUUCUCGUGUUCAGUCACGCCCUCCAGUUGCCUAUGCUUCUGUAGCUCCAUUCCCCUUCUUACCUGUACCCGUUUACGUCUCUACGCAAGGUCACGAGUUAUGAAAGCCUUCUCCCAGCAUCCAGGCUGUGAUAUGGGCCAUCGCAAUGCGUUCAUAUCUCUCGGUCUUCCUUUUUGUUUGCUAUCAGGAAUUCCUUUUUGUCUGUUAACAGGAAAUAUUCCUGCUCAGGGGACAUGUUGUUCUUUGUAUUUUUAAAAUCUGAGAAUAAUGGACACACAGUUUAUUUAUUUAGAACACAAAAUUGAGCAGUGUAAAAUUGAUAUAUUUAUAUAUUCCUCACUUGAUAUUA